AUGUUCUGCGUCGUGUGUGCCAGCAACAACAACCGUUCGAUGGAGGCGCACAAUGUUCUUCAGCAUGCCGGCUUUCGCGUCACCUCUGCGGGUACGGGCUCGGCAGUACGUUUGCCCGGCCCUUCGGCGGACAAGCCAAACAUCUACACGUUUGGCACGCCGUAUGAUACCAUCUACAAGGAUCUCUAUGGGAAGGAUCAAAGAUUGUACACCGCCAAUGGGAUCCUUCCUAUGCUCGAUCGCAAUCGAAGGGUAAAGGCCGCUCCAGAGCGCUUCCAAGAGCGAAGGAGUAUCGCAGAUGUCGUCAUCACCUGCGAAGAGCGGUGUUUCGACGCAGUAUGCGAGGACUUGCUUGCGAGAAACGGCGAGUUCAAUCGCAUAGUUCAUGUCAUCAACGUCGAAAUUCGCGACGAUCAUCAAUCGGCCUUGGCAGCAGGCAAAGCUAUCUUGGAGCUGGCGAGGACGAUUGAUUCUUCGGGUCAGCUUGAUGACGAUAUCACACCCAUUCUCGAACGGCACCGGCAACGGUUUCCCCACCCCAUUCUCCAUUCAGUCCACUACUACUAA